AUGCACGUCGAACUGGACGGCGGCGGAGGUGGCGGCGGUGCGUCUCCUUGGGCUGCUGCCGCGGUACUCGGGCACCACCACCAUCAUCAUCAUCAUCGUCCCGCCGACACUGAUCACCACCACCUACACCACCACCACAAUCAUCUACACCCCGCCGCGGCGGCAGCCGCCGCUGCUGCGAACGGUUUUCACCCUGCUCAUCCAGCUCACACGCCGAUGGAUUUGCACGUGCCGCAGCCCUUUCCGUACUAUAGGUACAGAGAUGAAUCACUGUGUUGGCCCGAGAGGAAACCGUUGUCUGAAGAUGGUCAUUCCCCGUCGAUGAAUGCCAGGUAA